GCUUAAAUUAAACCAUAAAGUUCAGUAUAAAGUGCACUAAAUUAAAUCAAUAAAUACUCUCCACAAGUUAAGCAUUUAUAUAACUGCGGGUUUGUAGUGCAAGCAUUUGUCCUUGGAAAGUUUACGUGACGAAAACACUUACAACAGAACCAACACAAAUUAUAUUUUACAAACGUCUGACACUACAGUAGUUCAGUUUUGUGUGAUUACCUGUCUAGAUUGCGAUGGCUUCGCUAUUUCGCUCCGGGUUGCGUCUUGCAAGGAACUUCGGAACAAAAGCAACAGUCCUUGGUUCUCACUCAUCUAUUACAAGAUACAGUAUUCCUUCGUGUGCAAAAUAUUCAACAGAUGUAAGUGAGACUUCAAGUGGAAUAAUCCAACCAACUGAACAAAUACCUGCUGUUCGAGUUUCACCAGAAAUUGCUCGCCAGAAGUUGGUGGAAUAUGGAAACUUUGUGUCCGAAUGUUUGCCUAAAUUUGUUCAACAGGUGCAAAUCACCCACACAAAUGAGUUGGAACUACUUGUUGACCCAGAGUAUAUUGUUCAAGUUAUUUCCUUCCUAAAGGAUAAUGCUUUAAGUCAGUUCACAAAUUUAUCGGAUAUUACUGUAGUAGAUGUCCCAACUAGACCUUGCAGAUUUGAGCUUGUAUACAACUUGUUAUCACUCGCUUACAACCAACGAAUCCGAGUGAAGUCGUACACUGAUGAAUUGACAGCAGUCGACUCGAUUGUUGAAAUUCAUGAAGGUGCAAACUGGUAUGAGAGGGAGAUCUGGGACAUGUUCGGGGUGUUUUUCAAGAAUCAUCCAGACUUGCGAAGAAUCUUAACGGACUACGGAUUUGAUGGUCAUCCCUUCAGAAAAGAUUUUCCUCUAUCUGGCUACUAUGAGGUGAGAUACGAUGACGAAACAGAAAGAAUUGUACGUGAGCCGCUGGAAAUGGCACAAGAAUUUCGAAAGUUCGAUCUUACGAGUCCAUGGGAGGCUUUCCCAAAAUACAGGAAACCUGCAGAGUUACCACCUCCUCCCACCGAAACCGAAGACAAAAAAUAAAUUUUCCUUAAGUUCAAUUCGCGAUUAAUAUUUUUUUGAAACAGACAAACGAAAUAAAUUUAUGAUAUCUGAAUUUUUACCGUCGUUUUCCGUCCACGCGAG